CAUGAACUCUCCUGGUCAUCAUUUCACACCCAUAUACUGUGUCCAAAGUCCAAAAGCUCUAACGUCUCUAGUUUUGGACCAUGCAGACUGAUGAACAUCUGAUGAGAUAGCCAUACACGAGAUGCACCCUAUAAAUACCCCAGCUCCCCUUCACUCCAACCACACUACCCAGCUCACUGAAGUAGCAACGCAGCUCAUCAGUGUCAAGAUGGCUACUACUAAGCAUUUGGCUCUUGCCAUCCUUGUCCUCCUUAGCAUUGGUAUGACCACCAGUGCAAGAACCCUCCUAGGUUAUGGCCCCGGAGGAGGAGGUGGAGGUGGUGGUGGUGGUGAAGGAGGCGGUGGUGGUUACGGUGGAUCGGGCUAUGGUUCUGGUUCUGGGUAUGGUGAGGGAGGUGGUAGUGGAGGUGCUGCCGGUGGCGGGUAUGGGCGUGGUGGAGGCGGCGGCGGCGGUGGUGGUGAGGGUGGUGGCUCCGGCUCUGGCUAUGGGUCUGGGCAAGGCUCUGGCUAUGGUGCAGGUGUUGGUGGUGCUGGCGGGUAUGGUAGUGGUGGCGGAGGUGGUGGUGGCCAAGGUGGUGGCGGAGGUGGUGGUGCAGGAUCUGGGUAUGGCUCAGGUGAGGGUUAUGGCUCUGGAUAUGGAUCAGGUGCAGGUGGUGCUAGUGGUGGUGGAGGUGGACAUGGUGGUGGUGGCGGCGGCGGUCAAGGUGGUGGGUAUGGUAGCGGCUCAGGCUAUGGAUCUGGCAGCGGAUAUGGUCAAGGUGGCGGUGCUUAUGGUGGAGGAUAUGGAAGCGGUGGUGGUGGUGGAGGCGGCGGCGGCCAAGGCGGAGGAUCUGGCUAUGGUUCUGGCUCUGGCUACGGGUAUGGAUCCGGAGGAGGUGGUGGGCACUACUAGUCCUAUACUCGGCAAUGGAGCAAUUCUACCGUGGGACUUGUGCACUCAUAUAUGAUGAUUGUGUAACAUUGGUAUAUACACAAGCUUGUUUUCGUGAUUAUAUGUAAUGCUUCUUGAUUGGGCUUGCUGCUGCCCAAUAUAUGCGCUUCCCAAGUAUAAAUAAAUCAAAAAUAAGGUUGAAAUACAAAUACUUAUGCAUUUGUUCUCUUA